GUGGAUCCAGCACUCUCAUUAUGGUACACAGCACUGAGAAAGAGAAGAUCUGUUUAGUCUCAGCUGCAUUUUUGUCUUUGAAUGGACUAAAGUUUCCUAAAUCAUUCACAAUGCCUGGACUAAGGAUUCAGCUGGUGUGUCUGAUGCUUCUUGCUUUUACCUGCUGUGGGAUGUGCACAGAUUCAGAAGAAGAGAUGAAAACACUAGAUGCAGAUGUACUUAGCAAUAUGUAUUCAUCAAAGGUGAAUAAAGCAAGAUUUCCAUACUGGAAAAUUACUCUGCUAAAUGUAUGCAAUCUUAUAAACAAUCUUAAUACCCAAGCAGAAGAAACAGGGGACACCGGAGAAGAUGAUCUCUUGAUGAGAAAACAGUAUCCUACAUCUAUGGAUGGAUUUAAUUUGGAAGCAAUGCUGACCACAUUCCAGCUUCAGAAAAUUUGCCAAAGCAGAGUCUUUCAACACUGGGAGCUAAUUCAGCAAGAUUACUUGGAUUCCACCAACUCAAACAGUGAAAAUGAAGAUGUUGUAAAGAGGAAAAGCCCCUAUAUUUUUAAACGACAGUCACAUAUAAGCAAAGCAAGAAGACCCUACAUAUUGAAAAGAGGCACUUAUUACUAAUCAAUAUAAAUCAUUAAUAUGUGUUCAAUUUAUAAGUAAAUGUGAUUUAUGGUUAUUUUCCUUACUAUUAAAGCUAUAUUUGUGUCAUAAAUA